UUGAACGACAAUGUCCCCGUGCCUGUGCCGGGCAAGGGCGAGGUGCUGGUUCGCGUGCGCGCGGCGAGCAUCAAUCCGGGCGACUGGAAGGUGCAGUCGGGACUCAUCCCCUUCCUGCCGCGCCACUUCCCCGCCACCGCUGGGUACGACCUGGCAGGCAACGUGGUGGCAGUGGGGUCUGGCGUUACCAAGUACUCUGUGGGAGAUGCCGUUUUUGGAAGGGCACCGUUCUUCAAAAUGGGCGCCCUGGCACAAUACGCCAUAGUGGAAACUGCCUUCAGCGCACACAAGCCCUCCUCCCUCACCUUCGAAACUGCUGCUGCGCUUCCCGUCGUCGGUCUCACCGCCCUGCAAGCUGUGAGGGACUGCGCUGGCCUGCCCCUCCCUGCAAGCCGUGAAGAACCCAAACCGGGUUUUGAGUUGCCUCAAGAACUGAGUGCAGAGCACAGCACUGGUAGCAGUGGUAAGGCCGAGAGCAACAGCACUAUCUCCGGUACCAGCACAAGCAGGAACGAUGGCAGCGGGAAGAGGGCACGGGUGUUGGUGGCGAAUGCAUCAGGGGGAGUGGGGCAUAUGGCAGUGCAGCUGGCUAAGGCAGCAGGGGCACACGUGACUGCCACUGUAGGCGCUCGCAACCUCGCCUUCGCACGGAACAUGCUUGGAGCAGACGAGGUCUUUGACUACAACUCAGCUGCAGGGAAGCAGCUCUUCUCUUCUGCAUCCUCUUCCCCUUCGCCUGUUACCAGCCUUUCUGCUCCUGCUGCUGCACAGGUUGCUUCAUCUGCUGAUCCGCCUAUCACUGGGCUGUAUGAUGCGGUGGUUGAUUUCUCUCCCAGCAGUCUGGCUGUUUCCGCUGUGGACAGGGUUCUCCGUCCCCAAGGGAGGUGGGUGCAUGUGGAGCUUCCGCUCUCUCUGCUCGCUCUGGGACUGUGGCGCCGCCUUGCGCGACGCCCCAGGAGAUUGUGGCCUGUGAUGAUGGAAAUGAUGGAGAGCAAGGGGGCUGAUCUGGAGGUGCUUGGGAGGAUGGCGGAGGAGGGCAAGGUGAGGGUGGUGGUGGAGAGUAGUGUGGCGUUUGAAGAGGCGAGAGAGGCGUGGCGGAGGAGCAUGGGAGGGCAUGUGACAGGCAAGGUGGUGGUCAGGAUGGAGUGA